AAUGGUGGCCACAGCUCGAGAAGGCGAGUGAGUCUGGCGCACUGCAUUAACGCCCGAACGUGUGGCUCUCCGGGCAGCGGCGGGGGCUCGCGGCGCGGCGGCCCCGGCGCAGAGCAGCUUCCCCCCGGACACGGCGGCCGGCGGCCACCGCUGCGCGGCCGAGCAAGAAGGUUUUGAAGAUGAUGACUUCCUGGAUUUCUAGCAGCAUGGUUCCACCAUGAGUGAACACCGGUUGGACCUCUGGUUCUGUGAAGAAUGUCAGGACCAUUUCCAAGAGGAGUGUCCGUCCCACGGCCCCCCGCUGUUUGUGCGUGACACCCCAGUGGCCACCGGGUCGGCCAACAGGGCGGUUCUCACUGUCCCGUCAGGCCUGGAAGUUUUCACGGAGGCAGACGAGGUGGACGUUCGCUGUGUGAAUCCAGGCUUCCCAAAGGGGGCAGUGUUCGGUCCGUAUGAGGGGGACCUGGUGUCCAAGGAUGAAUCAACUGGCUUCUUCUCCUGGAUUAUCAUUGGUUUGAACGGCUCAUAUCAGUCCAUCGAUGGCAGUGAUGAGACCAAGGCCAAUUGGAUGAGGUUUGUGCGGACCUCAUCAGAAGAGAGCGAGAGGAACCUGACAGCAUUCCAGCACGGUGAAAACAUCUACUUCAGAGUCUGCAGGAAGUUGUUGACCGGAGAGAGGCUGAGAGUUUGGUACAGUGACAACUACAUCCGACAACUCCACUGUGUCUCCCGGGACAGCAUUGAUCGCAACCUGGACUCAGGUCCUGGGAAGCCAGCAGCGCUGCCCAAACUCCUGAAGGACUUUAAAUCUCCCUGCCUAAAAUCAGCUCUUCAUGGCAAACUCUUCAGUAAACAACCCAAGGACGAGUCGGACAACCAACCUCCGGCCAAGAGGAAGAAGAUUGACCUGAUUUUCAAAGAUGUUCUAGAAGCGUCCCUGGAGGACUCCAGCAAAUCCUGGUCCCGGCCUUGUCUUCUUGGUGGUGGUAGAAGGCCGAGCCUCCAGCUGGGCCUCAGUUUGUCAGAGAGCAGCGUGAGCUGUCUGGACGUGAAGGUGGAGGAAACUGAGGAGGACAGUCGCAGCAGAGAGGAGCCUUCUACCUCCUUCUGCCCCAACUGUGUCAAACUGAAGAGGAGGAUCCUGGAGCUGGAGGAGGAGCUAUCACGUCUUAGAGGAGACCAAAAGAACGCCAUUGGCCCUUUGAGUGCUAAACAAGCCCGGCUCGACUCUGAUCAGGCCGCGCCACACCCAGAGCAGGCUCCCAUAGAGGAUUUUAAAGGUAUGGAGGCUUUGACACCGACUCAGGUCGCGAUGGAUGAGGACGACCAGGACGUGGACUCGGCUGAUGAAUCAAUUGCAGCAGAUCUGGUGAUUUCUCCAGAGGACCCAACGAAGCUCUACUCAGGAGGAAGCAGACGGAUUCGCCGCUUCAAGCAGGAGUGGCUGAAAAAGUUCUGGUUCCUUCGUUACUCCCCGACCCUGAAUGAGAUGUGGUGCCAUGUCUGUCGCCAGUACACCGUCCAGUCAUCUCGCACGUCAGCCUUCAUCAUCGGCUCCAAACAGUUCAAAAUCCACACCAUCAAGCUCCACAGCCAGAGCAACCUCCACAAGAAGUGCCUGCAGCUGUAUAAGCUGCGGAUGCAUCCAGAAAAGACAGAGGAGAUGUGCAAGAACAUGAUCCUGCUGUUCAACGCAGCGUACCACUUGGCCGCGGAGGGGCGGCCCUUCUCCGAUUUCCGUCCGCUAGCAGAGUUGCUAAAGAAGUGUGAUCUGAAAGUGGUGGAUCAGUACAUGAACGAAAGCGAUUGUCAGAUCCUCAUCCACCACAUCGCCCGUGCUUUUAAAGAGGAUCUGGCUGAGAAGAUGCGGUUAUCACCCUUUCUGAGCAUCAUAAUGGAUGCCCAAAAUGACAACCUUUUCUCAGACAUGGUAUCGGUUUAUGUCCAGUUCAUAACCAGCGAGGGCUCUCCCAACGUAGAAUUCCUGUCCCUGCAGAGACUGAGCAUGGCCGGCGUUGAUGGAUAUCUCCAGAUCUUAGACCGUGCCUUCAGCGUCCUGGGCCUCAGGUUUGAGGACUUGCUGGUGGUUGGUCUCGGCGUGGACGGGACCAACAUCUCUUCAGGGACGAGAGCAAACCUGUACAUAGCUGUCCAGAAGAGCUUUCCCUGGAUCCUCUGUCUCCCCAUCAUGAUCCACCGGCCUCAUUUGGAAGUGCUGGACGCCAUCAGUGGGAAGGAGCUCUCCUGCCUCGACGAUUUGGAGAACAACCUCAAGCAACUGCUCAGUUUCUACCGCUACUCUCCUCGCAUGAUGGCGGAGCUGCGAUCCACGGCCCCAACACUGUCGGAGGAGACAGAGUUCCUGGGAGACAUCAGAGCUGUACGAUGGAUCAUCGGAGAACCCAAUGUCCUCAACGCUCUCAUCAAGGAUUAUCUGGAGGUCGUAGCUCACCUGAAGGAGAUCAGCAGUCAGACUCAGACGGAUGAUGCAGCAGCCAUUGCUCUCACCCUCCUCCAGUUCCUGUUAGAUUACCAGUCAGUAAAACUCAUCUACUUCCUCCUGGACAUUAUCGCUGUUCUCUCACGGUUAGCCCUCACUUUCCAGGGCGAGUAUCUGCUGGUGUCACAGGUCAAAACCAAGAUAGAGGAGGCUAUCGAAGAGAUUGGCCAGUUGGUGGACUGCCCUGGAGAAUAUCUGCAGGAGUUUGAGGAAAACUUUAGAGAAAGUUUCAACGGCGUCGCUUUGAAGAACCUGCGUGUUGCAGAGUCUAAGUUUCAGUCCAUCCGGGAGAAAAUCUGCAGUAGGAGCCAAGGCAUCUUGUCACAGAGGCUGGACUUGCAGAGCCGUUCCUUUUCCAAAGCUUGCAAAGUCUUGGACCUGUCCUCUUGGCCUCACAGCCACGAGGGGCUGCAGGCCUAUGGGGAGGAGGAAAUUCAAAUCAUGUUCAACCACCUGGAGUCCAUUCCCUCUGCAUGUCAGGAGACCUGGAACGAGAGCAGGAGCUGCCUCAUGGUGGAAUGGAAGGAUCUGAAAGUAGACUACUACGGUAUGAACAGUUUUAAAGACGUCAUCAGUCACAUCUGCAGGUUCAGACAACGUUUUCCAUUGCUGAACCGGAUUGUGCAGGCCGUCAGGGUCCUGCCCAGCUUCACAGGCUGCUGCGAUAAGGGCAGAGGAUCUCUCCAGAAGAUGUGUAAGAACAACCGUUCUCGACUGUCCAUGGAGCAGAUGAACGACCUGCUCACCGUGGCCGUCAAUGGACCGUCUAUUGGCAAUUUUGAUGGGAAGCGAGCGCUGGACAGCUGGUUUGAGGAGAAGUCUGGGAGCAGUUAUUCAAUCUCUGCUGAAGUGUUGAACAGGAUGUCAGCUGCUGAGCAGAAGCACGUCUUGCACAACGUUGACAUCAACACCGAGUUCUACCCGGAUGUCUAACAGGAACGUUGGUGGUGCACUGGAAUAACAACCCAAUAAUACGACAGUUUCACACACACCAGCAGACAACCAGGUUGUUCUAAAAGCUAGAGGAAUUUCAUAAAAGCUGCAAACACAUACCUAGGAAAGUCAGGACACGGGGAAUUUAGGUGAUGCCGAUGAAAGGAUUCAUAGCUUUAUCCAUCUAUCCCUUAUUUUACUCUGGUUUCAUCCUGUUCAGGCUCAUGUAGGGUUGUAGAGCGAGUGAUGGGAUAUAAACCUGGAUAAGUCACCAGUGACAGAAAGAAAGAUCCACAUCUGUUGAUAGCACUAUAACCUCCCUAUUAAUAUCCCAAGUUUCACCAGCUAAAGUCAUUUGUAUAUAUAUCCUAGAGAGUGUCAUCUGUCAGAUUCCUCUAGAAAGCAGGUCAUACUUCAAAGUCAGACCAAACAACAGCGUGUGCGAGUGCAGCACUUUAGACUAUCAUUGAAGGUGACACAUAAAUAUUGCUAGUGACAGGAACUCUGCCCACAUCUGAAAAAGCCUUCAGAUCAGACAAAGAUUGCACAUGAAUCUGUUACGGCUCUGUGUUUUCUCUGUAGUGGAAAAUAACCAUGAAUCCAGCUAUUUCUCAGAGCAGCAUCAUUAACUACAGCUACAAACUGGUUCGGCACCACCUUUCUGGUGCACACCACUGAUCAAAUGGGUCCGACAAAGAGUCAAGGGGUUCCUAAUUUUGAAAAGUCACUGAAGAAGACAUAAGAUCACAAAAAGACAUACUCGAAUGCAAAGAAAAACUGAUUAUUUCAUUGCAGACUGAAAAUCAAAGACCUGUAAAGUCACCUGCAAAGGAAACGAGAGUCAACCAAAUUUCACAGACUGACCAGAAAGACUCAAUAAAUAACUAUUGAGAUACAAAAUAAAAACACAAAUAGAUAAAAAAUGUUCUCAGAGACCAAAAAUAAUGGGAAAGCAUAGAACGCCUGGUUCCGCUGGCCGCAUUCAACUGGACAUCGUCCUGAAAUCCUGCUCUGGCUCACUGACCAGUAUUAUUCAAUCUGAGCUGCACUUGUUGCAUUUCAUAAUGAAGCACUUGUUUCUACGCCAAUAGACAGUUACACAUGGAGAACAAUGAGUCAAACUAAAAGUCUGUGCUAUUGAGCCCUUUUUCUACUUAUUUACCAGUUGGACAUUCAGUGUCGUAGUGCCUGACAGACAUGACAGUGCCAGGAUGUAUAAAAGAUUUACGUUUCCAUUAGAAAUGCGUUCAGCCCUGCUUUACACUGUACGUUUUGCAUCAAAUGUACAUACUAUAAAUGCUUUAAAGCAUGUUUUUAAGGAGGGUAUUUUUUCCUUGAAUUUAUGAUUGUGCCAAAAGGAUCAAAUGCAUGAAGCAAACUAAAAUGGUGCUAUCCUGUCAUGCAUUAUUUUGCCAUAUUUGUUUAAAUGUUUAUAGCAGUGAAUGAUAUCAAUUGAAUAUGCUUUUUUUCCAGUGAUGCAUAAUUAUCACAUUUGAAUGUUUAUGAAAAGGAUUUCUGCUUCCAAUAAUCUUUAAAUGCACAAUCAGCCGAUACUUUGAGCUUCGUCUUAAUUGAUGUUUCAGCCAGAAAUGAUGGAACCAAAGUGAGGUGAGAACGUAAUAUGUCAGCAGUAUGGCAAAAGACCACUGUAUCUGUACCAAAUAUUAGUUAUGAUCGAUUCAUCUGUAAGUUCAUGUUCAUAAAAAGCAUCUGUUUUUCUUGCUUUUGAGUUCUGACAGUGUUUUUACGUCUGAUGAAAGAGGUUCUCAGUCAAAUACAUAGCUAAAGCAUUUGCUGUCAUUCUGACCAUAUACAAAACACCAUUAACCUUCAUUUCAGUGUGCAGAAAAUAUGUUACAGACACGAAAUUAAACAUUAUUACCUGUUAAGACAAUGAUUUUCUUUCACCAGUCUUGUGCACAUGCAUCUCUUUUCAGUCUUUAGGAUGACCCAAAAUAUUGUGGAAAUCUGCUAAAUAAAUCUUUAUAACA